UAGUUUUUAUCCAAAAGGAGAGGCACACGAGGCAAGAGAAAUGACUUUCGGUACGUCUCUCAUCAUCCCUUCUCCGACGCCUCUCUCUCUCCACUCUCCUUCCCUCUUUGCCCUGAAACCGACAAGCCUUCGCCGGAAACUCUUCAGCCGUCGGGCUGCAGAAGCUGCGCCACCACUCGAUCCCCAGACUGCUUCGUCUGAGGUGGUAAGGAGCUUCUACUCGGGGAUCAACUGCCAUGAUUUGUCCUCUGUCCGAGACCUCAUCGCUCACAACUGCGUCUACGAGGACCUCGUCUUCCCCGACCCCUUCGUCGGCCGCACGGCAAUCCUGGAGUUUUUCCAAAAGUUUACUGAUUCAACCAGCACGGACCUGCAGUUCGUGAUCGAUGACAUUUCGACCGAAGAGUCUUCUGCUGUUGGAGUUACAUGGCACUUGGAUGAAGUGAAUUGGGCAGAAUGGAAGGGAAGAAAUUUUCCUUUUAGCAAAGGUUGCAGCUUUUACAGGCUGGAGGUUAUAGAUGGCAAGCGACAGAUAGUAUAUGGGAGAGACUGCGUGGAGCCUGCAAUCAAACCCGGAGAAGCAGUCCUGGCUGCUAUAAGGGCAGUUACCUGGCUGCUCCAACGGUUUCCUCGACUGGUGGACCGCCUCUGACUCUGUACCAAACUCUCUAGAAUCUCAUUUCCUUGGAGGUUUGGUAUAUAUACAUACAUGUUUCAUCAAAGCCCUUAUUUGGAUCACAUGUUGCAGAAAUCAUAUAUACUCUGCACUCUAAUGCCAAGAGUGUUCUCAUAGUCACUGUAACAAUGUUUUUAGACAUAGCAAUACGCUCCUAUUUCUCUUUAA